CGGCGGCGCGGGGUCUCCAAUCUGCCAUUUUCCGUCCGCGCGCGAGUCUCGGGCGCCCCGAACCCUCUGUUCUCUCCGCAGGCAGCGCUCUGCCCACCGGCCCACCACCUCAGGGGAACGAUGGCCACGGACUCCACAGCCACGGCCGCCCUCGCCGCGGAGCUGGUUUCCGCUGACAAAAUUGAAGAUGCCCCUGCUCCUUCUACCUCUGCAGAUAAAAUGGAGAGUCUGGAUGUGGAUAGUGAAGCUAAGAAACUACUGGGAUUAGGACAGAAACAUCUGGUGAUGGGGGACAUUCCAGCGGCUGUUAAUGCAUUCCAGGAAGCGGCUAGUCUUUUAUUAGGUAUUUACCUUCUUUGUAGAGGCAAGAAGUAUGGAGAAACGGCUAAUGAGUGUGGAGAAGCCUUCUUUUUUUAUGGGAAGUCACUUUUGGAGUUGGCCAGAAUGGAGAAUGGAGUGUUGGGAAAUGCCUUAGAAGGAGUGCAUGUAGAAGAGGAAGAAGGAGAAAAAACAGAAGAUGAAUCUUUGGUAGAAAAUAAUGAUAAUGUAGAUGAGGAAGCAAGGGAAGAAUUGAGAGAACAGGUUUAUGACGCCAUGGGAGAAAAAGAAGCCAUAAAAGCAGAAGGCAAGUCUCUGUCAAAGCCUGAAACUGAUACAGAACAGGAAAGUGAAGUGGAAAAGGGUGGAACAGAAGAUAUGGAUAUAAGUGAGUCUGCAGAGAAGCUACAGGAAAAAGUUGAAUCGACUUCAAAGCAGUUAACUGAAUCCUCUGAAGAGGCAAAAGAAGCAGCAAUUCCAGGACUGAAUGAAGCUGAGGUGACUUCUGGGAAGACAGAACAGGAAUCAUUGUAUACUGAGGAAGGAAAAUCAAUUUCUGGAGCCUAUGUUCAAAAUAAAGAAUUCAGAGAAACAGUGCAUCAGGAAAAGGAGGGAGAGGAAAUAAUAAGCUUAGAGAAAAAGCCAAAAGAAACUUCAGAAGAUCAGCCUAUUAAUGCUCCAGAAAAGCAGGGCACAUCAACGAAGUUAGAAGCUGAAACAAUAGACCCCACAGUCAAGUCAGUGGACGUGGGUGGGGAGGAACAGAAGGAUCAGGUAGCUGCCUCUGAGGGUGAAGUAGGAAAGGCUGAUCUUGAGCAGCUGUCAGGGCAAAAUGUUGAAGUGUCAGCAGUGUUAGCUGCAGACCCUGGAUCAGAAGUCUCUGAGAAGCCAGGGCAGGAGAUUACAGUCCUUGCCAACAAUGGUUCAGCUGAUGGACCAUCAGCUGCAGGAGAUCAGGCUCCUAGUGAACCACAGACUUCUGCAGAAAGACUGACAGAAACUAAAGAUGGCUCAAGUGUAGAGGAGGUCAAGGCAGAGCUGGUUCCUGAACAGGAGGAAGCUAUGCCACCUGUAGAAGAGUCUCAGGCAGCUGGAGAUGGGGUUGAGACCAAGGUAGCCCAGAGGGCCACGGAGAAAGCACCUGAAGACAAAUUUAAGGUAGCUGCUAAUGAAGAGACACAAGAGAGAGACGAACAGAUGAAAGAGGGUGAAGAGACUGAAGGCUCAGAGGAAGAUGACAAAGAAAAUGACAAGGCUGAUGAAACACCAAAUGAAUCAGCUCUUGAAAACAAGUCUCUUCAAGAAAAUGAAGAGGAGGAGAUUGGGAACUUAGAGCUUGCCUGGGAUAUGCUGGAUUUAGCCAAGAUAAUUUUUAAAAGGCAAGAAACAAAAGAAGCCCAGCUUUAUGCUGCACAAGCCCAUCUUAAGCUUGGAGAAGUUAGUGUUGAAUCUGAGAAUUACAUCCAAGCUGUGGAGGAGUUCCAGGCUUGCCUGAGCCUGCAGGAACAGUAUUUGGAAGCUCAUGACCGUCUCCUUGCAGAAACUCACUAUCAGUUGGGUUUAGCCUAUGGUUACAACUCUCAGUAUGAUGAAGCAGUGGCACAGUUUGGCAAAUCUAUUGAAGUCAUUGAGAAGAGAAUGGCUGUACUAAAUGAGCAGAUGAAGGCGGCUGAAGGCUCAUGUACUGAACAUGAGAAAGAAAUUGAGGAGCUGAAAGAGCUGCUACCUGAAAUUAGAGAGAAGAUAGAAGAUGCAAAGGAAUCUCAGCGUAGUGGGAAUGUAGCUGAACUGGCCCUGAAAGCUACUCUGGUGGAGAGCUCUACUUCAGGUUUCACUCCUAGUGGAGCAGGCUCCUCGGCCUCCAUGAUUGCCAGUAGAAAACCAACAGAUGGUGCUUCCUCAUCAAAUUGUGUGACUGAUAUUUCCCAUCUUGUCAGAAAGAAGAGAAAACCAGAGGAAGAGAGCCCCCGGAAAGAUGAUGCAAAGAAAGCCAAACAAGAGCUGGAGGUAAAUGGAGGCAGUGGGGAUGCUGUCCCCAGUGGAAAUGAAGUUUCAGAAAACAUGGAAGCUGAGGCUGAGAAUCAGGUUGAAAGCCGGGCAACAGCAGAGGGGACAGUGGAGCCUGCAGCUACAGUUGAAAGCACUGCAUGUUAAGAGGGAGCAGAACCUUCCUCCUGAGGGAAAGUGGUUUUGUACAUAAUGUAUUUUUUCACUUUUGGGGAUUCUUUUUUUUAUAACUUCAAAUAAAAGAUUGUAGACAACA